GUUUUUAGUUUUUAUAUCUAUGUAUGUAUGCUUCAAAAAGCAAUCUCAUCUCAAGUCACCGUCUUUCAGCCUAUAAUAUACUUCACCAGCUAUCUCCUUCCUUCUUUUAAAUUCUUUCCAGUUGAUGGUAAAGUUACUGGCUUUCAUAGAAUUUUGUGUUUGUUGAGGAGGAUUUGGAUUUUGGGGGGAAUGAAAUCAAGUUUAGUUGUGAAAGGGAGGGUUUAGGAUUUGAAGAUGCAGCGUGUUCGAUUUUCGUCUCAACAGGGAGCAGUACACAAGCUAGGAGACCCUCAAAUGACAUUAUCUCCCAAGUUUAGGUUAGCUGUGAUCCAAUCUUCAUUGGAAUAUUCUCUCAGGGGAGACCCCUUAAUACCGGGCUUGCCGGACGACGUUGCUCUCAAUUGCCUUCUCCGGCUGCCGGUUCAGAGUCAUUCAUCGUGUAGAGCUGUAUGCAAGAGGUGGCAUCUGCUACUUGGAAACAAAGAGAGGUUUUUCACCAACAGGAGACAAUUGGGAUUCAAGGAUCCCUGGCUUUUUGUAUUCGCCUACCAUAAGUGCACUGGAAAGAUCCAAUGGCAGGUUCUUGACCUCACCCACUUUUCGUGGCACACCAUCCCUGCAAUGCCCUGUAAGGACAAGGUUUGCCCCCAUGGUUUUAGGUGUGUUUCGAUUCCCCGGGAUGGCACUCUCUUUGUAUGCGGCGGUAUGGUCUCCGAUGUCGACUGCCCUCUUGACUUGGUCUUGAAGUAUGAGAUGCAGAAAAAUCGUUGGACUGUCAUGAAUAGGAUGAAUACGGCAAGGUCAUUUUUUGCCAGUGGAGUAAUUGAUGGGAUGCUUUAUGUAGCUGGUGGGAAUAGCACUGAUCUAUAUGAGUUGGAUUCUGCUGAGGUAUUGGAUCCUCUCACUGGAAAUUGGCGCUCUAUCGCCAGCAUGGGAACCAAUAUGGCAUCUUAUGAUGCAGCAGUUCUCAACGGGAAGCUUCUCGUCACGGAAGGCUGGUUAUGGCCCUUUUAUGUCUCUCCAAGGGGGCAAGUCUAUGAUCCCAGAACAGAUAAUUGGGAAAACAUGGCUGUUGGACUUAGAGAAGGCUGGACCGGUUCAAGUGUAGUUGUUUAUGGCCACUUGUUUGUUGUCUCUGAGCUCGAAAGAAUGAAGCUAAAGGUCUAUGACACGGAAACAGACUCCUGGGAUGCCAUAGAUGGCCCCCCUUUGCCUGAGCAAAUAUGCAAGCCUUUUGCUGUCAAUGCUUGCGAUUGCCAUAUUUAUGUCGUGGGCCGAAAUCUUCAUGUUGCUGUUGGCCAUAUCUCUAGACUGCUUCCAGACGAAAAUUCUGACGAAAAAUGGAGCUUCAGUGUUCGGUGGCAUGUAAUCGAUGCACCAGAGAGUUUAUCUGAUCUCACUCCUUCAAGCUCUCAGGUGCUGUUUGCAUAGUUUUUCUUAUUCUCUAGUACUGUGGUAAGAAUGUUAUCCGAAUAAAAUGUAAUUAAAUAUAAUUAUCACAAUAGUCUAGAAGUUGUAAUCGCAGUGUGAGGGGAUACUCUUUCGAAUUAUAUUAAUGGAAGUACCUUCUUGUGGUUCAUUGAGCUCUAUAA